CCUGUGUACGGGCUGGAUUGGACAUCAAGUGCUCAGUCUGAUAUAGCUAAAAUUGCUGUCAGCUCGUUCCGUGAGGAUUCGACAAAUAGACUCAAGAUAAUCAAAGGUUCUCCAAUAUAUAUGGAUGAUGAACAAAAUGGCACCAAGACAACAGACGCAUAUGAAUUUACCUCGAUGGCAGAGAUUACAGUCAACUACCCUAUCACCAGACUUCAGUGGGAUCCCUCAAUGCCACUUUAUCCUGAUGUGACGUGCGUAGCAACAAGUUCUGAAUGUCUGCGAGUCUACGAGCUAUUAGAGCCCGAUUCUUCACAAUCUUAUGCGCAAAGCCCUAGAAUCGUUGAAAAGAUGACACUCACCAAUUCAAAAACCAAAAAUUUCAAUCAACUACCGCCACUGACAUCGUUUGACUGGAACAAAACUGAUUCCCGACAUAUAAUAACAAGCUCUAUAGACUCUACGUGCACGCUUUGGGACAUUUCACGCGGCACAGGCGUGGCCAAAACGCAGUUGAUUGCCCACGACAGUGAGGUCUUUGAUGUCAAAUUUCUGCACGGUAAUAAGCACGUUUUCACCAGCUGUUCCAAUGACGGGUCUAUCAGAGUCUUCGAUCUGCGAUCUUUGGAGCAUUCGACCAUCAUAUACGAGCCCCAGUCUACCAGAUCAUCUAUAGCAAGUAUUGCUACGCUAAGUUCCGCCCAAGACGCAGCAAUGGGUCAGCGUGUGCCAUUGCUCCGACUAGCAACGUCUAAUUACAAUGCUAACCAAAUCGCCGCCAUAGAAGCAGAUAGCAACCGCAUUUUAAUACUAGAUCUGAGGUAUCCUGAGACACCAAUCGAGAUCCUGCGGCACCAUGUGGCACCUGUCAAUAGCAUAGCUUGGCAUCCAAGCAAGAACUUCCUCUUAACGGGAGCAGACGAUUGUCAAGUACUUAUUUACGACCUCACAACCUGCGGCCAACCAGAAAACUCUGUGGCACCAUGUUUUGGCUUUUUUGAUGAAAUGGAGGUGAACAAUGUGUGUUGGAAUACCGAUGGCUCAUGGGUAGCUGCCAAUAGUGGACGCAGAACUCAAGCGGUUGCGCUUACGUAA